UUCUGUAGUGUAGACUGUAGACGGCAAUUACACAGUAUCGCAGUGACUAUCGUGAACGACGUUUGCUCGCCGACCGCGUGUGUUGUGGUGUGUGCGCGCUCGUUAUCUUGGCGAAACCGUUUUUUUUUUCUUGUCCUUUUUGAUUACCGUUCGGUAAUUCAUUACGCCCGUUCUCGAAUCAUUUGAAACACACUAAUUCAUUUAAACGAACUCUCGAGAAACGUGCGUUUUACCGAUCUCUCCGAUGAUGGAAGGCUGAAAAGGCUUCGUGUUUGCCUACAACAUAAUAUACUUGCUCUAUACAGCGAAAUCUCCAACGACCCUUCGCCAUGGCCUACAAUCUGGGAAGAAACGAAAUAUUAACAGAUGUGGCUCUAUAUUUACAAACGGUGUUGGUCGCUGAAUCUCUUUCAGAGCGAGCCGAAAUACAACGCCAACAGCUGUUGGAAAAACUCACCAACAGAGAAAUGUCACCGGCUAGGACUCCUUACAUGGAUAUGAACGGACGUUCAAAGGGUCUGAUAAUGAAAUCGAACAGCUUCGCGUGCUUACACCAGCAAGCGGCGUACGAAGAACUGUGCUCGAACCAGCCGAUCUACAACAACGUGCCGUACGAAGACGACAUACUGAAUUAUGAAACUUUUGUGACCGGUUGCAACGGAUACGGUCCGCCGUCCAAACACCACCUGAACGCGAAGCGGCACAGCGCGCCAAACAGCGGCGGCGGCGGAGGUGGCAUCACCGACAACAGCAACCUGUCGACGGGCUCGUUGAGCAAGUCUGCGCUGAACGGCAGCAGCAGCCUUAGCAGCCGGUCGAACAGCGACUCGUCCGAGAGCUCGAAGAGCGAGGUGAUCUACGUGUCGGCGAACGCAGUCAAGUACUCGGCCAGCAAGUACGGACCGCUGACGAAACGCGAGAAGAUACUGUUCGUCGACCACACGAAGAAGUACUGGGCCGCUGUGCUGUCGUCCACCAUGUACGUGUACAACGGUGAAAAGGAGCUGAAACCUUGCCUGGUCGUCCACCUCGAAGGGUACACGGCCAGGGACGCGGCGGGCGGCGGUAACCGGACCAAGGACUGGAUGUUCGAAGUCGUGUGCCCGGGCAAGAAGACUUACCAGUUCAUUGCUCAAAACCAAAAUGACCUGCACUCUUGGAUCGAGGCCAUCAACAAUUCGUGCAGCAAGCCGUCCACCCCAGAAAUGGAGCAGCUCCCGCCGUCACCCAUAUGCUUCAAACAGGAGCUGUUGCCUAACCGCGAAUUGCCCGUACCCCCCGCUGCUAUCGAAGAUUCCACUGCGCAGGAUUACUAUUAUGAUAAACCGAAUCCUAUCAUAAGACCGGUCAAUCUCUACGAAAACGGGACGGACGAUGUGGAUAUGAUUGAGUCGAUUUACCACUUUAUCGACGAGUCCAAACAAGAAAAGGACACGCUGCCGAAGAUCGAUAAACAGUUCUGGGACGGCGACACGUCGUAUUACAAUAUCCCAAACAACAUACCAGUGCCCGUGCCAUUGAAGGAAGAUCGAAAUAACAACGAAUACGAUGAUUAUUUUGCCGAAAAGGAAACUAGCUACGACAUAAUAACGAACGACGAAUGCGAGGUGACAGUGGCGGACCCGGUUUUGGGCGUACAACAGAUAAUCCAAAAAAUCGAAGAGAUAAACAGCAAAAAGUCAUCACCUUUUUUAAGGCGUAAAUCGCAACCAAAGAACAACAACUGUCCGAUGAGAAACUCUACGCCGAUAUACACUACCGAUGAGUUUUACGAGCCCAUGAAAGUGAUAAAAAACACCCAACCCGGCAACAACGUAGCAACAGUUGUCGGUUCACAAUCGUUUAGAAAAUCUCGUUGAACGCGCUUAUUGAUUUGAUAUCCCAUGUCCUUGCUAACCAAUUGUGUGGAAUCUCGGUCACGUCGUAGUUAAAUUUUAUCAAUUUCCCUUAAAUUAUUUUAAAGGUUUAAAGGCUAUGAUGGUUGAAGAUUGUGUAAUAUUAAUACAUGCAUAUUUAAGAACAUAUUAUACAUAUCGCGACGCCGCAGUCAUAACGAAAUGUGUUACAUUAAAUUAUUAUUUUAUAGUAAGUCGCUCAAUACAUUUUUUAAAUUGCAAACAAUUUUGAUAUUGUCAUGAUAUCUUAUGUACGCUAUAAUAUAGUUUCUCCUAUUAAGACAAGUCUGCUUACCGGUAGAGAUCAUGUUUAAACACUAAAUAUAACACAUUGUAUAAACAUUUUUAACGCCAAAAAAAGGAAAAGCUACUUUUAUGUUUCUAGUCUGUAGGUUGUAAACAAUUUUUAUUUUGUUAAUUGAUUUUUUUUUAUUAUUAUAUAAUA